AUGGAACAAACUCCACCGUUAUCAAAUCAUUCAUCAAUAUCAAAUGAAUCCUCAAUUUCAUCAAAUAUAACUUCUACAACCUCCACAACCCAGAAGAGAUUAAGAAAGAUACCACCAGAAAAGAGGCAAAAAGUAUCAACUGCAUGUGAUUCAUGUAAGAAAAGAAAAUUCAAAUGUUCAGGUUCAAAUCCUUGUGAAUUAUGUGACAAAAAGGGAUAUGAAUGUUCAUAUACUAUAAUAGAUAAAAGAUCUUUGAAAAGUGAAAGAAUGUUGAAAUUAAAAGAAGAGAGAUUGAGAAAAGAGCAAGAAGAUGCUGAGAAUAAACAAAAACAAAAUGAACCAAAUCAUGAUAAAAGUCAUAUACAUGUUCAACAACAAAAUUCUAGUUUUGUACAGAAUUCAAACAAUCAUGGUCCUCCACCUGCUCAAUACCGUCCGUUACCUCCUCAAGUGCAACAAUCACAGAAUCCACCUUUCCAACAACUACCUCCUCCGAAUUAUCAUCCACAAUCGAAUAACAAACAAUUUACUCCUCAACCUCAACCUCAACCUCAACCUCAACCUCAACCUCAACCUCAACCUCAACCUCAACCUCAACCUCAACCUCAACCUCAGCCUCAAUUCCAUAAUCAAUUGCCUCCACCCCAACCUUCUCAUAUAAUACAACCACAAUCUCCUUUUGAACAACAUAGAAUUUCACCUCCCUUUCAAAGUAAUGGUAAUCAUCACACUCAUAAUCACCAAGAUCAACCUUCACAUUCCUAUAAUCCUCAAUCUUCUUAUGGAGUAAGACCAAAUUACUCAGCUCAAAGAUCAAGCUAUAUUGGUCAACAAUUACCUCCUAUGCAACCUCAGCCUCAUCAACAAUAUGCUUCUAAUCAAUAUCAAAAGAGUUUACAACAUCCGCAACCUCCACAUCCACCUCAAAAUAUAUCACCUUCAUACCCACCUCAAAAUAUAUCACCACUACAUUAUGAAACAAAACAUCAAAAUCAACAGCAGCAAGUAGGUAACUCAGGGUCCGAAACUGAGAAUGGAAAUAUUAUGCCUACUCCUGAAACUACACCAACAGCAAUUAUUGAUAAUUCAGGUAAUACAUAUAUCCCUAAAUCUUUACAACCUUUCUUGUCUCUACCUGUGGAGAAAUCUAAAAUAGAUGUUGUUAAACAAGAAGAGGAGGAAGAUGAAGAAUUAAAUGAAGCAUUAGCUGAAGAAGAUGAUAGUGUUGAAAAAGAUGGAGUUUCUAAAGAUGGAGUUUCUAAUCAAGCAGGUAAGAGUUGUAUUUUGUUGAAUGAUAAAACCGGUACAUUCAGGUAUAUGGGAGAAACCAGUCCUUUGAGUGUUCUUUACGAAACUAGAAAUAUUUUUUAUCAAUAUGUUGGUAAAACUAAAUUAACUGAAGAUUUAAGAGGUUGUCCUGUUAUUGACAAACCUUUAAAAGUAAGUACUAAAGUUACAGUUAGUUUACCUUCACCCGAGCAUAGGGAUGUUUACAUUGAACAAUUUAAAAGAAAUAUUAAUGAUACCUUUUUUGUUUAUGACAUGAAAAAAUUCUAUGAAGAUAUUGUUACACCGGUUUCUUCUAAUCCUGAUUUGGAAGAAAAUGAAGUUAAAAGAGUUCAAUUAUAUUUCGUGUUAGCUAUUGGAGCAACAUACUAUGAUUUCACUAGGAAAAUACCUGAAGCUGAAUUAGGAGCUAAAUUUUUUGAUUCUGGAUUAUAUAUGUUACAAUCAUUAGUUGAAGAUUCUGAGCUUUGGUGUGUUAUUGUUCAUUAUUUACAAUUUCAUUAUUAUCAAGCUAUAUUAAAAAAAUCAACCGCAUGGAUUCAUUUAAAUAUAGCAUUGAAAUAUGCUCAAUCAUUAGGUUUACAUCGUAAUUUUGUUAAUGAGCAAUUUUCAAAAUUAACUGAUGAAUGUGAAUAUAGAAGAAGAAUUUUUAGAAGUGUUUAUUCUUCAGAUAGAAUAUCAUCUGUUUUCAUUGGAAGACCAUUAAGUGUUAAUGAUUAUGAUUGGGAUGAUCCAACAAGAUAUAAAGCUUCAAAAUUUGCAGUUUCUAAUUUAAAUUUCAAUGCGAAAUGUCAAGUUGAAUUAGCUAAAAUAAGUACAUUAAUUGGGAAAAUUGUUGCUAAUUUUUAUCAAAAUAGAAUCAUUGAUAUAAAUAGAACUAAAAAUUUAGCGGUACAAUUAAAACAAUGGUCUAAAAAUCUUGAUCCUUUAUUAGGAAUAGAUAAUAUUUUAAAACCUGCAGAAAUUCCAAACAAUGAAGAUGGAGGAAAUACUCAAAUCAUUUUACAUAUUCAUUUAUUACAGUUAUAUGCAAUUAUGUUAGUAUGCAGACCAUUUUUCAUGUUUGAUGCUGUUAGUAAUAUUAAUGUCAAAUUACAAGGAACAUUAAAAGAUAAAGACAAUGUCAAACAAUUCUGUCAAGCAGCAACAAAGGCAUCAAUAUUAGCUAUCAAAUUAAUGAACCAUUAUAUCAAUACAGCAUUUAAAGAAGUAAAAAGAAUGGAAUGUUAUGUAAUUAUUACAUGUUGUUUCUACAGUUCAAUCAUAAUUGGUAUAAGUAUUUUAAAUGGAGGAUUUGAAGAAGAAGGAUAUUCAGAAUCAGAUUUAAUAAGUUUAUUAAAAAAUGCAGUUUAUGUAUUAUUACAUUUUUCAAAAUGUAAUAAAGGAGCAGAAAGAUACGCAGAAAUCGGAGUUGAUUUAAUUGAUGCAUUAGUAAAUAGAAAUAAUAAAAAAUCAACAAAACAAAAAGAUCAAGAAACUUUUGAUUAUAAUAAUUUUUUAAAUGGUUUUAAUUUUGAUGAAGAAACAAAUAAUGAUAUUCAAUCAUUAAUGGAAUUUCAACAAUUAUUUGUUUCUCAAGAAACUGCUUCUUCAAUUUCAGAAAGUUCUAAUAUGCCUUAUGAUUAUGAUAAUUAUGAUUUAUUUUUUGGUGAUAAAUAUUAA